CUGGCGGGCUCUUGCGGAAGUCCAUGCGCCAUUGGGAGGGACUCAGGGCUGCUCGGUGCCCUUGUUGCCGAGGGCCUCUCCCUGGGUCAGUCCUGGAGUAAGAGUCGGACUGGGGCCGACACGAGGGCUUCCGCGUGGCGUCUCGGCGCCUGUGUGACCUCUCCACCCGCGGGAUGUGGCGACUACGUCGGGCCGCCGUGGCCUGUGAGGUCUGCCAAUCCUUGGUGAAACACAGCUCUGGAAUAAAAGGAAACUUACCACUCCAAAAACUGCAUCUGGCCUCACGAAAUGGUUAUCAUUCUCGUCACCCUACUUUAAAGCUGCAAAGGCCCCACUUAAGGACAUCGUUUCAACAGUUUUCUUCUCUCACUAACCUUCCUUUACGUAAAUUGAAACUUUCUCCAGUUAAAUAUGGCUACCAACCUCACAGGAAUUUUUGGCCUGCAAGGUUAGCUGCAAGGCUCUUAAAACUUCGGUAUCUCAUUCUGGGAUCUGCUGUCGGGGGUGGCUAUACAGCCAAAAAGACUUUUGAUGAGUGGAAAGAUAUGAUACCAGACCUUAGUGACUAUAAAUGGAUUGUGCCUGACAUUGUAUGGGAAAUUGAUGAAUAUAUCGAUUUUGAGAAAAUUAGAAAAGCCCUUCCAAGUUCAGAAGACCUUGCAAAGUUUGCACCCGAUAUGGACAAGAUUGUUGAAAGCCUCAGCUUGUUAAAGGACUUUUUUACCACAGGUCACAAAUUGGUUAGUGAAGUCAUAGACGCUUCUGACCUACUUCUCUUGUUAGGUUCACCUGGAGAAACAGCAUUUAGAGCAACAGAUCGUGGAUCUGAAAAUGACAAGCAUUACAGAAAGGGUCUGCUUGGCGAGCUCGUUCUCUUACAACAGCAAAUUCAAGAACAUGAAGAGGAAGCACGCAGAGCUGCUGGCCAGUAUAGCACAAGCUAUGCCCAACAGAAGCGCAAGGUAUCAGACAAAGAAAAAAUUGACCAACUUCAAGAAGAACUUCUGCAUACUCAGUUAAAGUAUCAGAGAAUCUUGGAACGUUUAGAAAAGGAGAACAAAGAACUGAGAAAAUUAGUAUUACAGAAAGAUGACAAAGGCAUCCAUCAUAGAAAACUUAAGAAAUCUCUGAUUGAUAUGUAUUCUGAAGUUCUUGAUGUCCUGUCCGAUUAUGAUGCCAGUUACAAUACUCAAGAUCAUUUGCCACGUGUUGUUGUAGUUGGAGAUCAGAGUGCUGGAAAAACAAGUGUGUUGGAAAUGAUUGCCCAAGCACGAAUAUUCCCACGAGGAUCUGGAGAGAUGAUGACACGUUCUCCAGUAAAGGUGACUCUGAGUGAAGGUCCACACCAUGUGGCCUUGUUCAAAGAUAGUUCUCGGGAGUUUGAUCUUACCAAAGAGGAAGAUCUUGCAGCAUUAAGACAUGAAAUUGAGCUCAGAAUGAGGAAAAAUGUGAAAGAAGGUUGUACUGUUAGCCCUGAGACUAUAUCCUUAAAUGUCAAAGGCCCUGGGCUGCAGAGGAUGGUGCUUGUGGACUUACCAGGCGUGAUUAAUACUGUGACGUCAGGCAUGGCUCCAGACACAAAGGAAACCAUAUUCAGUAUCAGCAAAGCUUACAUGCAGAACCCCAAUGCCAUCAUCCUAUGUAUUCAAGAUGGGUCUGUGGAUGCUGAGCGCAGUAUUGUUACCGACUUGGUUAGUCAAAUGGACCCUCAUGGAAGAAGGACCAUCUUUGUUUUGACCAAAGUAGACCUGGCAGAGAAAAAUGUAGCCAGUCCAAGCAGGAUUCAGCAGAUAAUUGAAGGAAAGCUUUUCCCGAUGAAAGCUCUUGGCUAUUUUGCUGUUGUAACAGGAAAAGGAAACAGCUCUGAAAGCAUUGAAGCUAUAAAAGAAUAUGAAGAAGAAUUUUUUCAGAAUUCAAGACUCCUAAAGACAAGUAUGCUAAAGGCACACCAGGUGACUACAAGAAAUUUAAGCCUUGCUGUAUCAGACUGCUUUUGGAAAAUGGUUCGAGAGUCAGUUGAACAACAGGCUGAUAGUUUCAAAGCAACGCGUUUUAACCUUGAAACUGAAUGGAAGAAUAACUACCCUCGCCUGCGAGAACUUGACCGGAAUGAACUUUUUGAAAAAGCUAAAAAUGAGAUCCUCGACGAAGUUAUCAGUCUAAGCCAGGUUACACCAAAACAUUGGGAGGAAAUCCUUCAACAAUCUUUGUGGGAAAGAGUGUCAACUCAUGUGAUUGAAAACAUCUAUCUUCCAGCUGCACAAACCAUGAAUUCAGGAACUUUUAAUACUACUGUGGAUAUCAAGCUUAAACAGUGGACUGACAAGCAGCUUCCUAACAAAGCAGUAGAGGUUGCUUGGGAGACCCUGCAAGAAGAAUUUUCCCGCUUCAUGACAGAACCCAAAGGAAAGGAACACGAUGACAUAUUUGAUAAACUCAAAGAGGCCGUUAAGGAAGAGAGCAUUAAGCGCCACAAAUGGAAUGACUUUGCAGAAGAUAGCUUGAGGGUUAUUCAGCACAAUGCUUUGGAAGACCGGUCCAUAUCUGAUAAACAGCAGUGGGAUGCAGCAAUUUACUUCAUGGAAGAGGCUCUGCAGGCCCGGCUCAAGGAUACUGAAAAUGCUAUUGAAAACAUGAUAGGUCCAGACUGGAAAAAGAGGUGGUUGUACUGGAAGAAUCGGACUCAAGAACAGUGUGUUCACAAUGAGACCAAGAAUGAACUGGAGAAGAUGCUGAAGUGUAACGAGGAGCAUCCUGCUUAUCUUGCAAGUGAUGAGAUUACAACAGUCCGGAAGAACCUGGAAUCUCGAGGAGUCGAAGUAGACCCAAGCUUGAUUAAAGACACUUGGCAUCAAGUUUAUAGAAGACAUUUCUUAAAAACAGCUCUAAACCAUUGUAACCUUUGUCGAAGAGGUUUUUAUUACUACCAAAGGCAUUUUGUAGAUUCUGAGCUGGAAUGCAAUGAUGUGGUCUUGUUUUGGCGAAUACAGCGCAUGCUGGCUAUCACUGCCAACACUCUCAGGCAGCAGCUUACAAACACUGAAGUUAGGCGUUUAGAGAAAAAUGUUAAAGAGGUAUUGGAAGAUUUUGCUGAAGAUGGUGAGAAGAAGAUCAAACUGCUCACCGGCAAGCGAGUUCAGCUGGCCGAAGACCUCAAGAAAGUUAGAGAAAUUCAAGAAAAACUUGAUGCUUUCAUUGAAGCUCUUCAUCAGGAGAAGUAAAUUGCAGUGAGUAAAAAAAUCCUGAUCAUAAAAUAAUCGCCUCUGCAUACAUCGGAAGAAAGAAAACUUUGGAGUCUUUUUGUCCUGCCUCUUUUUCUUCUGUUCUACCUUUGUAAAUGCAAAAUAAAGUGAUAGGGUAAAGAGAAUUGAUGUGUGUUACAGGCGCUACAACCCUCAGCUGCCUUGUGACUGGAGGAACACUGAAAAUAGCAUUAACAUUCUCUCAUCCAACUCAACUGCCAUAUUGGUAAAACAUAAUUGGCAUUGCGUUAGGUUUAGUUCUAGAAGAAACUUGCUGUGUCGUUGUCUUGUUUGUGGUGGCACUAAUGAAACUCAUCAUGGAUGUUCUAUCAGUUUCUUUUCCAGAAACAUAUUGCUUGUUGAUUUGGAAUAAAACAUGCUGAUUUUGUUUAAGGUA